CUCUCCCUGUAAAAUUAACCAAAAAGGAAAAUUGGAAAUUCUCACUAUUUUGUUUUCUCUCUUAAAAAAAAAAAAAAAUCAAUUAUUUUGUUUUUUCUUUUCUCUCUCUGUGAAUUCUGCAAAUUUGCAGAGAACAAAGAGAGGGAAACUAGAGCAAGAGAGCCAUCAAACGCAACGCGUAGCAGCCUUCUGUUAAUGGCAGCUUCAGCACUCUUCGUCAUUCCUUGAAAGGACGCCAAAUUGCUGUUGAAGCCAGAACGUCUAUAUUUGCUCCACAUUUGGUCUGCAGCUCAUCAGAAGAAUUUGGUGAUUUCUUAUAUCUUCUGAACUGAAACACUAAUCUUUCACCGGACAACUCAGAUCAUUCAAAAUUCAACAACCCAGUUCAGGGGGCGAUCCGCCCCAAGGCAACGACUACAGCCCUUUUCUUGUAGCCCGAAGGGUGAAUUCCUCCCAUACAAUGAUGAUAGAUGAUGAUGUUGAGGGUGGUAGUUUGGGGCCUUACCAAGAGAGACCGAGGAUUUUCCCCAAUAUGCGGAGUAAACCUUAUACUCCAGCUAUUGUUCGAGUUUUGAUGGGAAUAAAUGUUCGUUUCCUUUUUAUACUUUUGCUAUUGGGUUUAGGAGCAAUCUUUUACAUUGGAGCCAGCACUUCUCCAAUAAUUGUUUUUGUCUUUACUAUCUGUAUCAUCAGCUUCCUUUUCUCACUCUAUCUUACUAAGUGGGUACUAUCAAAGGAUGAGGGACCUCCAGAAAUGGCUCAGAUAUCAGAUGCAAUCCGUGAUGGAGCUGAAGGUUUCUUCAGAACACAGUAUGGAACUAUCUCAAAGAUGGCAAUGUUGCUAGCCAUGGUGAUCCUGUGCAUAUAUUUGUUCCGCAGUUCAACUCCUCAACAAGAAUCUUCUGGCCUUGGGAGGUCAACAUCUGCAUAUAUCACUGUCGCUUCAUUCCUUUUGGGAGCUUUAUGUUCAGGUAUAGCAGGUUAUGUUGGGAUGUGGGUGUCAGUUCGUGCUAAUGUUAGAGUUUCUAGUGCUGCAAGAAGGUCGGCUAGAGAGGCAUUGCAGAUAGCUGUACGUGCUGGUGGCUUCUCUGCCAUUGUGGUUGUUGGUAUGGCUGUAAUUGGUAUAGCCAUCCUUUAUGCUGCAUUUUAUGUUUGGUUGGAAGUUGAUUCUCCUGGUUCAAUGAAGGUUACUGACUUGCCUCUUCUCCUUGUGGGAUAUGGCUUUGGAGCUUCUUUUGUUGCUCUGUUUGCUCAGUUGGGUGGUGGAAUAUAUACAAAAGCAGCUGAUGUUGGGGCUGACCUUGUUGGGAAAGUAGAGCAGGGAAUACCUGAAGAUGAUCCUAGAAAUCCUGCAGUGAUUGCUGAUUUGGUUGGAGACAAUGUGGGUGAUUGUGCUGCUCGAGGUGCUGAUCUUUUUGAAAGUAUUGCUGCUGAAAUAAUCAGUGCUAUGAUACUUGGGGGAACAAUGGCUCAGCGCUGCAAAAUUGAGGAUCCUUCUGGCUUCAUCUUGUUUCCUCUUGUUAUACAUUCUUUUGACCUAGUUAUAUCUUCAGUUGGAAUACUUUCAAUUAGGAGUACUCGUGAUUCUAGUGUGAAGUCUCCUAUAGAGGAUCCAAUGGCAAUCCUUCAGAAAGGAUACUCCAUUACUAUAGUUUUGGCAGUUCUUACAUUUGGUGCGUCUACCCGUUGGAUGCUUCACACAGAACAAGCUCCUUCAGCAUGGUUUAACUUUGCCUUGUGUGGAUUGGUUGGCAUCAUUACAGCAUAUGCUUUUGUAUGGAUCACAAAAUACUACACCGACUACAAGCAUGAGCCCGUCCGCACAUUAGCUCUUGCUAGCUCCACUGGUCAUGGGACUAAUAUAAUUGCUGGUGUGAGUUUGGGCCUGGAAGCAACAGCUCUUCCUGUUCUUGUCAUUAGUAUAUCCAUUGUUUCAGCUUUUUGGCUGGGCCACACAUCUGGUCUGGUGGAUGAAUCUGGAAAGCCAACUGGUGGGUUGUUUGGUACAGCUGUGGCGACAAUGGGAAUGCUGAGUACUGCUGCCUAUGUUCUUACAAUGGAUAUGUUUGGACCUAUUGCUGACAAUGCUGGUGGAAUUGUGGAGAUGAGUCAGCAGCCAGAAAGUGUUCGUGAGAUAACCGAUGUUCUUGAUGCGGUUGGAAACACCACAAAAGCUACAACCAAAGGUUUUGCCAUUGGAUCUGCAGCACUUGCAUCAUUCCUUCUAUUUAGUGCUUAUAUGGAUGAGGUUGCUGCAUUUGCUCGUGAACCUUUCAAGCAGGUUGAUAUUGCCAUCCCUGAGGUUUUUGUUGGUGGAUUGUUGGGUUCAAUGCUUAUUUUCUUAUUCAGUGCAUGGGCCUGCUCAGCAGUUGGCCGAACUGCUCAGGAGGUUGUUAAUGAAGUAAGAAGGCAAUUUAUUGAGAGGCCAGGCAUCAUGGACUACAAGGAGAAACCUGAUUACGGUCGCUGUGUUGCAAUUGUGGCAUCUGCAUCAUUGAGGGAGAUGAUAAAACCUGGUGCUUUGGCUAUCAUAUCACCUAUAGUUAUUGGUUUCUUGUUCAGGAUUUUGGGGUACUAUACGGGACAUCCUCUGCUUGGGGCUAAAGUUGUGGCUGCCAUGCUGAUGUUUGGAACUGUUUCAGGCAUUCUAAUGGCUCUUUUCCUUAAUACUGCGGGUGGGGCAUGGGAUAAUGCAAAGAAGUAUAUUGAGACAGGGGCUCUUGGAGGCAAGGGGAGCGAGUGCCAUAAAGCAGCAGUUACAGGAGAUACUGUAGGAGACCCGUUCAAAGAUACAGCUGGACCUUCGCUUCAUGUCCUCAUAAAAAUGUUAGCAACGAUCACGCUAGUCAUGGCUCCUGUGUUUCUGUGAAGAGUUGUUCAUAUCUACUGCGGUUGAAUGAGAGUAUACAGCACCCAAAAGUCGUCGGAUUUUUAGAUUUUUUUUUUUUUUUUUUUUUUUUUUUUUUUUU